UCUCAUAUAACCUCCUUCGUCAGCGUCCAUCCUUUUUCUUCGUUCGAGGCCUAAGGGGAAAGUAAAAAACGGCUGCCGCUAUCAACCGAUCUCUGCUGCCGAGCCUUGUCCGCCUUUUCUACGUCAUUACCACUAUGGGCCAGCGACCUAAGCAGAUCGGCAGUAGCCCAUCGCCCCGAUCUUCGGACGAUGGGAUCCGGCCUGGUGACAAGCCCGUCGUCUCCCUGCCGUCUUGGGCCCUCUCUGCCACGGCCAACACCAAGCACCUCUCCCAGCCGUGGAAAAGCCACUAUGGGUCGGAGCCCGACGACCCUAACUUCGCCGCCGAGAAGGACACUGUCGUUUACUACGACCGCAGAAUCAAGGUCUGCCACAGCGAGGGGUCCAUGGCCGCAUAGCACGCGCCUUUCCCCUGAGAAUUGUACGCUGCGCCCGCCUUUUCUUCCCCUACAGCCAAUGCAGCUGAGGACAGAGGCUCAUAGUAGUAUACCGUUACUCUCAAGGCUGCACUCGAACUCGUCCUUCGACCUUAAACUCAACAUUCCCCAGAAUCAGGACGACUGCCUGCCUGCCCACUGGCCCUACGAAAAGGGUUUGCUCCUGUCGGGCUCGGCUUGCGCAAACACGCCGAGACGCUGCUCAUAUUCGAUUACCUUGCUUCAUUGGCCUCACUCACCUUCGUUCAACGGGAGACCGGCCCACCUGGAUUUCGGACCGGGACUCGAGACAUUCCUGCCGUAGGGCCUCUCUCUUGUCGUCGGAGCCGUUCUUGAUGCCUUUUAUUUGGCACGACCUGUGUGC